AUGGUCUCCUUUGAUGUCGUUUCCCUGUUUACGUCAAUACCGUUGGAUGUCGCUAAACAGUGCACCGAGGACCUCCUGCUGUGCUACGACACAGAUGUGCCCGCCGCCGCUAUGCUCGAACUGAUUGGUUUAUGCUUGGAAAGUAACUUUUCAUUCGACCAGCAAUGCUACAAGCAACUGAAAGGAGCCCCUAUGGGGUCACCCAUUUCUGGUUUUCUCGCUGAAAUAACAAUGCAGAAACUAGAGGCAACGGCGCUCCCGUUGUGUACUCCUAAAUUGUGGCUGCGAUAUGUGGAUGACACAUUUGUUAUCGUAAAAAAGAACCAACUAGAAGUGCUCCACAAUACUAUUAACUCAAAAAUUGCUGGGAUUCAAUUCACACUUGAAAAGGAAGUGGACUGCAAACUCCCAUUUCUGGAUGUUCUCGUGCAGCGUAAGGUCGACGGAACGUUACGCACAUCCGUUUACCGGAAAGAAACUUACGCUGAAGUCAUUCUUCCUUAUAAGAGCAACCAGCCCAUUUCUCACAAACGGAGUGCCGUAAACAGUCUGCUUGGUCGAGCAAAAACACAUUGUUCGGAUGAAGAAGGCUAUCGAGCCGAAGUGAAUUACUUGUNGUCGGUUUUCGAUCGGGAAUAUACAAUGUUAGGGGGCGCUCACCGAUCGUUCAUACGGAACUCACUCGUUCCGUUGUGCCUUAAGAGCUCUCUCUCGAGCCCAACCAGCAGCCGCACAGCGGCGCAUGAUAUAUAGGCAGAAAUGAUAUUACCGACAAAGACAAGGGAGACUGGAAUGGCCAUUUCUGGCUUAUUAGCCGUCGUCAGCCAGCCAUACCCAAGCCCGAAGUGUGGAACACCCGAGCCUCGAACUCGCGACCUGUUGGUUUAGAAGUCAACGCCUCUACUCACCGGGCCACGAGCCCGUUGCCUUGUCGGUUUUCGAUCGGGAAUAUACAAUGUUAGGGGGCGCUCACCGAUCGUUCAUACGGAACUCACUCGUUCCGUUGUGCCUUAAGAGCUCUCUCUCGAGCCCAACCAGCAGCCGCACAGCGGCGCAUGAUAUAUAGGCAGAAAUGAUAUUACCGACAAAGACAAGGGAGACUGGAAUGGCCAUUUCUGGCUUAUUAGCCGUCGUCAGCCAGCCAUACCCAAGCCCGAAGUGUGGAACACCCGAGCCUCGAACUCGCGACCUGUUAGAAGUCCGCGCCUAUGACCAUUGGGCCACGAGCCCGUUGCCCUGUCAGUUUUCGAUCGGGGAUAUGCAAUGUUAGGGGGCGCUCACUGAUUUUUAUUAAGGAACUCACUCGUCCUCUCAAGCCUCGUUCGAGUCUCGGGUGUUCCACAUUUCGGGGUUGCAUAUGGUUGGCUGACGACGGCUAAUAAGCCAGAAAUGGCCAUUCCAGUCUCCCUUGUAUUUGUCGGUAAUAGCAUUCUGCCUAUAUAUCAUGCGCCGCUGUGCGGCUGCUGGUUGGGCGCGAGAAAGAGCCCGUAAGGCACAUGGGAACGAGUGAGUUCCGUAAUAACGAUUGAUGAGCGCCCCUAUCAUCCUUGUCUGAGUCCUACAAAGUGUCCAUCUGGCCUUUGGUUCGGAAGUUUCCGAAACCAAUAACUGGGUUCACGGACUACGCCGUUCUUGCUGCCUUGCACACAGUUCGGGGCUUGGACCUGGAAUUGUCUUGUUGAACGGUCGUGGAUUCCCAACAUCGUUCGGGUUUCCUGUUUGCGGUUCAAAAUGUGCUUCCACGGUAGACGUGCUAUCUCAAGACAUGUGGAUAAAAUUUCUGAAAUAUGUUUCCGAUUCGAAAAGAUUACUUGAGCAGGGUUUUAAUACGCGAUUGCUGUACAGCAUAUUACCAUUGCAUUUCAGUUAUGUCAGGUGGUGGACUUUUGAACAAGUUUCUCUGCGGCCGCCUGCAAAAACUGCACUCUCCUCAAAUGAUCGUUUAAGUAGUAUGCAUUUCACGAUUGAUUUUUGGUACCCUCGUAAACCUGAAUGCAUUUAUGGAAAAAAUGCAUAAACAUAUAUUGCAUAUACGCAUUUGGUGGCACUUUACACCUCUUUCAGUUUUACACUUGAAUAAAGAAUACAAUUCUGCCAAAAAACUUUUUCAUUUCCUUAAUAAUUAUCAAUAGUCUUGGUAGUACGCAUGUAUUCAUAGUUUUCAAACCGUGAGAUGUAUGCUUUGCGAGCAAGGAGAACCAUACAGUCUAUACAGAAAUAGUCAUAUCGAGUCGAUACAAUUUUGCAGUGGAUGCAAACCCUGUCUUUAUUAUAUAGGCAGCAUGAGUAAACGUGUUGAUUUGGCGAUGCAGGACUGGACAUUUCAUAGUUUUAACAAAAUCUCAUAGUCGCAAACGUUUUUGAGACCAAAAAACACUAUCUCUUCUAGUCACGUACUUGGAGAGGUCGCAGUUUGCUGUCCAAUGAGUAUGAGAAAGAACUUUUAUGCAUAUCUUCUAUAAAAUAUAUUUGCAAAUAUGAGGGCAUUAACAAUCGAUGGGAAAGAUUCAUACUGCUUCACACCUCGUCCCGAUAGCCAUUUAAGUACUAUGUAUUUCACCAUUGAAUUUCGGCGCCGUAAUAAAUUGGAAUGCACUUCAUAGAAAAAAUGCAUAAAAACACUUCUCCUACGCAUUUGGUGGCAUGUUAUGCAUCUUUAAAUCUGAUGAUCCAAUAGAGAAUACAAUUCUGUCAUGGAUUCGUACUGCUUCCAACCUCGUCCCGGUGACUCACAACUAUGCAGUCAUGCGAAGGCUUUGGCUGCGAAAGUUGAAACCCCAUUUUUAUAUAAACCACAACUCAUCCGCUCCUUAACUGAUGAGUCUUUUCAAGUCUGUAUUUUUAGUGUCGAAAACGCACCAACACGCCUCCCAUUAAAAAGUCAUGGAAGUCCUGGCUUCUCCCAAAAUUAACUUACACAACCUGUUCUCCAGCAAAGUGCUAAUCCUCUUUUGAUAUUUUACAACUCCACCUGCCUGCUCCGCUCAGUUCUCUGUGUUCGGCUUGGGUUUAGAGUUUGGGAUAGGAGAUAGAUGAGAAUAAUGGAACACUGUUAUCGGCAGACGCUUUGACACAAGAGUGGUCUAUUCUGACUUAUUUGACGUCAGCAGACAUUACUAACUUGACCCCGGGUCGCACCUUCGAAGUUCGAACCUCGAGUUGGGUUCUGAUCAUCGCGCUGUCUGCUCAGGUCACGUCGUCCGAGGUUGGGAAUGUUCGGUCACAUGGGACGGGGGGGAGGUGGAGGUUGUAUGUGCCGGUGUGUUAUGAUUGCUGGAUAUUCCUCUAUUACUGACAAGCAGGCUGCUUGCUCUGUGUCAACGCAGCUCCAAGGCAGAUCAGAAUCGCCGUAUUUCGUUCUGCAAUCGGAACAGUUCACUGCGCGCCAUUCCCAUGGGUUGCCAGAAUGACUGAAAUUGCCUCGGAAGGAAGGACGACUCAAGCAGAAAGGGCUAAACAAGACAACCUGCGGAGACUGAGGUUCCGCAGUGCCAAAGGAGAACUGGACUCCGUAGAAGUAGAAAUUAUGUCUUGAAAAAUCGCGGACCGGGGUCAGCUGUCCAUUUAUAUUCUCUCGAAAUAACGUCGUUAAAAGUAAUUUCUUAAGUCAUAGAAAAUGCCAAAGGAAACCAAUCAGGGAUAUUACACCAAAUUUAAAGUCGAAGUCCAAGAACACAUAGGAAAAAAUGUCACCUUGUUUAGGCUGAUGCUAGUUAACCUUUACGGCCGAAAUAAGUCACUGAGCAUGUUCGAGGCCGUGUGCUACUUACAAUCGAGCGUUCACUGCGUAAUAAGUUAAUACUUUUAAGAUCCUGAUCUUUAUUAUGGAGGGAUUACCAGCUAGUUUCAUCCUGAAUAGUGAUGAAUGCCCUCCUUCUGCUGCGCCGAACAGUUGGAAGGACACAAAUGGGCAGUUGGGGGAAGCCUACUAGAUGUCUUCUGCGUUUAUCUACAGUAUUCCUAUCUUGGAGUGCCUAUAGUGCUUUAGUCUCCAGUCAAUAUACCCUUUAGAACGUUCAGCUAGCUUCAUAGUAGGAGGUUUUUUAAAGACCCCUCCGAUGGUACACACACUUUUGGAAAGUCGUAAAGACGUAAAACCAACGCCAGAAUGCAGACUGAUCCGUUGCGGAGUUGUUUUUGACAGAACGGCUUCAGCUGUUUAGCAGAUUGAGCCCAAUCACUUGUGUUCAGCGGUAACCAUUCUAGCAGGAUGACAGUACAGCGUUUUUCCUGCCCUUGUGAUGCCAGUACGUGAUCUAUGUUAUGAAAUCUGAUGCCGAAAACUGAUGUGAGAAUUUUUUGACAUCUUAACUGUUGCGCAUUUUGCUGGCUCAUUCAGUCUCUUCAAGGAAAUGUCCUCUUUGUGAAGAAAUUGUAUUUACAUAAUUUUAUCAGACAAAAUGUUCAUAAAUUUGAGCGAAAAUGGACGUUGCUGCAGUUUCGGGCGAUUUCCUAUACUAUUACUUGUCGUAGACGUUGGUGGCGCAUUUAAGUGUGUUUCUCAUUGAAAGGAGAGUAAGUUACUCUCAAGAUUUUUACUGAACAGAGGUUGCCAGACUUGAAAAUUGAUUUUAUCUCCGAUGCUAGCCGUCAGAAUAAACUUGCAUACACACAGGUUUUUAUCGAUUUGUAGAUGUCAGAUUGGCAGCCCUCUGCGAUUUGAUAACCUGAAAUGCAGUAAUAACGCACACAGGCAAUCAUUCGUUUAAAUGGGCUGAAAUUAAUUUGGCGUUUGGACAAUUUUGCUUGUUGUCGCAGAAAUGACCACCACUGAAUAGUCAUUUCCAGUUAGGAACAUAAAAAACAUUACUUUUAGUUCAGUCUAACUUCUGCAAAUACCUAAUUCAAAAAUGAAACGAGCAAAACAUUAACAGUUCCAGAAGAAUAUCAGUAUUUAUAUGAGCAUUUUCCCAUGCACACAUAACCGUAAAGUGGAGUUUAAAAGCGAGCAAAUCAGUACAAGCGGCAACAAUAUAAAGAGAAAGGCAUGCUUUUGUGUUUACGAUAUAAGAAUAUGAGCACUGUUAAGGAACGUAAAAGAAACGGCCAAAGUGUCCAGUUUUCUUAGCCUUACCAUGCAAAAAAUGCAAAGUACACAGACAUACGUCGACGGAGUGCAGUAUUGAAGCGCUCCUUAAACAGAUAACCUAUAAGAAAACGUUUUCUUAUUGAUUGAAGGCAUAACUGUGCUAAAUAUCAUUGUCGACCUUAAUUCUUUUCAACGUGUGACCCAAAAGACGUCCUUCAUGAGGAAGAACGUCCGAAAUUCGCUACUUCAGUAAAUGCCCUCAAAAGUAUUUAAAGUUUUUAAUAGACACAUGGUAAAGAAGCUGCAUUUAUGGCGAUCGGGAUACCCCUGAAAAUCAUGAACAUUCGAGGCCGAUUUAAAAUUCAGCGAAACCCGGAAGAAACAAAAACUGCAAAUGGAUUUAACAGGAUCCUGUUUCUCUUAUUGAACCGCAUCUCAAUCAACAAACGAAGUCAAGAAUAUCCCAAAUCCUCGGAAAAAGGCUUUGGAAUAUAUGCUCAGGCUGUACGCUGUUUGCAAACCGUCAUACCUGAGCUUACACAAAUUUGUAAAGGAUACCUAGAUGUUAUCUUCACUAAGACGCUAUCUGUAAAUGUUACUCUACUUGUGCUUUCGUGUUUACUCGGUAUUUUGCAUGCAGAUAUGCUCUGCACAUCUAAAACGAGCUUAACUAAAUUACAAUCAUUUUUGAUGUUUUCAGGAUUUUGUUAUUCUCUAAAAAAUCGGCAUUUUGAAGCGAAACAACAUUGCCUUUAGUAUUUCCCUUAUGUUUUUAAUUUUUUUCGAAGUUGUUCCGAAUUAACAUAGAUAUUGGAUACACGCAUUGGUGUAGGUUUGCGAGUGAUUGGCAGUUAUUCAGAAAUUUCGACACCUUUCAUGAGUUAAGUAACCUACUGAAAAUUAGGGGCGGGAGAUCAACUUUUCCCCCUCAUUAUUGCGACACAAGUGCUGACCAAAUUUAAAGCGCGAGCCAUGGCGUGCGCAAGUGCAGUUGAUAGAGGCUUAAACCGGAUAAAACUGUCGUGCUCUGACUGGCCCGCUUCGAGUUUCUGCAGUAACCUGGACGAAAUUUCUAACUCAGAAGCCGAUGAGUGCAAUAUUCGCCGAAACACCAUCAACAGAGUCUUGAAGCUUGCCAUUUUGCGGAAGCCUUCGUGACUGCAUCACCCAAACAUGGGAGAACGGUAAACAGGCCGUCACCACUUUCAACUUUUAUCUAUGUCGAGAGUGUGAUGAAGUAGGAUUCCAUGUGCAGCUGAUACUACUGAUUACCUAAUUAGUCUUUGAAACAUGUCAUGCGAUAACUUGUGAGUUUGGGAGAGGUGCACUGGAGUGUUUACACAAAAGUUUCCAGAGUCUGCCCACCGCUCGGAGUGUUGCCGAGCUGUGCCGCAGGAUUAUGGAUUGCUGAAACGUUGCCCGUCAUUGGACGGCCAGAUUUUUGGCAGCGCCUUCGGUCAGACACGGGAAUAGGAGCUUCCUCCCAUUUCAGGGUCCUUGCACUAACUUCCAGGGAAGUCGGAGCUAAUGUUAAGGUUAUGGUUAGGGCUAAGUCUAGGGUGGGUGCUUGAACACGGAAAUAUAUGCGUUCCCCAGCAUUUUGCACGAGGCCACCCGCGUAACUGGAAGGGAGAGGGGAGCGAGGAGGUGAGGUCUUCCAUUUCUGCAUCUUGCCGCGCCCCCCCCCCCAAACCACCACAUUAUCUCUCCUAUCUGCACGACCUUUUAAUGGAUGCAAUUCUGGACAAACGGAAGCGCAGACAAAAGCAUCUUCGUGGCCUGCCUCGUCCAUCUGACACAACGUAGACGGAGAAUUGUUGAUGUGAUUAUGCAAAAAAAAUUUCUACCACAUUUUUGGAGGAAUUUGAUCUCUGAGUCGUCAACAAAGAGAGAAGACUCAUCGAGAAACCCUUUAAAAGGGUUCUCAAAUUGUAGAAUAAGACUCGGAAAGAUACGGACGUUCUGCUGAAGCUUAAUAAAUCGCAUUUAUAUUCAAAUUUAGUCUAGUGUGUUCCUUUACAUGAUUCACGCCGCGUAGUUAUCUACCACGGCUUACGGUAGAUGUACUAACUCAUGAAACGUUGACCAAAAUUCUGAGAUGCUUUUUCGACUUAAAAAGGUUUUAAUAUUAAUCAUCGUGCAGCAUAAUCCUAUAAAAAUUCAGUUAGCUUAAAAUGCUGGCUUUUAAAUGAAAGUCCAUCAGGUUGUCUACAAACGCUAAGUCUUUGAAAGAUAACUACUCGAAUUCAAUGAAUUGUUUUCAUUAAUUUUCGAUGUUUUUAUAAGUUUGAAUAUAUCUCGUCGAAAAAAUACAUAAAUUAUUCAUUGUUUGGCCUUUUGGUAAAAAAUUGUGACCUCUUCAAAUUGUAUUCUUGAAGGAAGGGUAUAAUUUGGUUUUGAAAGUACCUGCUUAUAGGUUUUUUUAAGAUCGUAAAAUGCUCGUUCAUAAAGCAUCGUGUCUUUGAAUUCAUUAGUGUUGUUGGUAAAGUUUACAAUAUGGCUCGAAUCCUCUGAUACAUCUAUGAACCUCAUGUGGUCUUUUCUUAAUACCGAACAGAAAUAUAUGAAUUUCUGUUUACCGAAAAUAUACAGCUUGUAAUUUAUAAACCCCUGAAUGUAAGUGUUAUCGCAGGUCGGGUUCAAAAUUAUUCGGGAAUGCGAGAAGUUACCUUAAAUCAAAUUUUACCCUUCCUUCAAGAAUGAAAUUUAAAGGAGGCGUUAUUUCCUACAAAAUGGUUGAAAAAAUGAGUAUUUAUACGCAGGUUUUCUAUGAAAUAUACUUGAAUUUAUAAGGUCAUCGAAAAUAAAUAAGAAAAGUACAUAUUGCCCGAAUAGUUAUUUGUAACAGAGUGCAGUUUUUACAAUCCGUCGGAAAGAAGAUCGCCCAAAAGCUGGCAUUUUGAAAUAACAGAAUUAUCAUGGAAUUAUGCUGUACGGUGAUUAAAAUAGCAACCCAACUAAAGUAAUCUUCUCAAGUCAGAAAUGCAUUUCAAAAUUUCGGUUAACAAUUCAUCUACUGUAUGUAGAGUGUGCGAAGGCUGUGUCCUAGUGGCCUACGCAACUUACAUAGUUUUUAGUAGUGUGGCCAGAAAAAUGAGAUUAUGUAAUAUUUUAAACUAAGAAAACUACGGCCUAUGCAGCUGAACGAAAAAUAGCUGCGUAAAGUAGCCGGAAUCCCGAUAUGUAUCUCUGUUUCGAAUGGACAACUUACGGGUUUUUGUGAAGUAUGACACCAAGCCAUUUCAGUCAGUAGGAAGCAACCUAUCACAUGUAUCAUUUUUCGUUCGGCUGCAAAAAUUACACUCUAUAAAAGUGGUUAAUUAGUUGGCACUAUUCUCCCAUUGACUUUUGACGUCAUAAUAUAUCCAAAUAUAUAUAACAGAGGGGAUAGGCAAAAAAGAUUUCCUUCUGAACUCGUUUGAUAGACAAAUGCUUAUCGAAUCCUUAUGUAAGAUUGAACCAAACUUGCUACUGGGUUGCGUUAGGGGUUUAUAAACUACAUUUUGCCUACUUUCUACGUAAGAAUAAUCAUAAAAGUCCCUACACUCUAAAGAAGACAUCAUAUAGGGUUAGUCAAAUAUUGCACUGUAUGCAAAGUACCCUGUACACUUUAUAAGCAGCACUGAUAAGCAAACGAAUACGACGCCGUUUGACUGGACGUUUCGCUAUAUUAAUAACCCCGAUGUUUAAACAAAAAGAUGUACUUUUUCGGGUGAAACUUUUGAAAAAACUAUUUUUCUACCGAGUUUGCGUAGGGAGCAUUGUAACUAUGCAUUUUUUGUAAAAUGCGCUUGCAUUUACAAGGACAUAGAAAAUAAACAGGAAGAAAACCGCACUAGGUAAGCAGUAAUUGUUACCGAGUGUGAUUUCUGUGUUCGGCUAAAAUAAGGUUAAUUUAAAAGUCGAAAAUUUGGCCCAACUGAUAUUUAAAUGCAUAAUUUUAAAUGUUACAGUCUCGCCCAUGUAAUUCUUACGCAUAUAGGACACAUUUUGGAAUUUCCGUUAGCAUCUCCUGAGAUAGUCCAGCUGCUGUAGUGCGCAGAAUUCUCUAGAGAAAAGCGCAUUUUAUAAGUGUGGCACAACCUAAGGUACUUACAUUUGAAAGGCAAUUUGCCUGCAGCCAAACCCCGAAAAAUCCAAUGCAAGGCAUAGGUAGUAUACGCCUUUGUUUACCUCUAGGGACCGGUUUGAAAGAAUGCUUACUUUCGUGCUCUAUGUCAAGACAUAAAGAUCGUUUGACGAGGCUUUUCCAGCCCAUUAGAUCCCUUCAAAUUGGAACUAUCUCCUGGCAACAUUUAACCCGCGUCAGCUUGCUGCAAGGAUAUUAGAAAGUUUAACUUCUCAUGAAGGGGCACUGCGUUAGCAAGAAAAAAUCGGACCGUUCCAGACAAAGUCAAAAAGUGAGCGGAAAUGCUACCUUGCAAAUGACGUAUUUUUAAACUCAGAUUCUCACUGAGUCUUGUAAAUCGUUGUUCUGGAUUUAUCUCUUCGUUGGGCGCGGAGGCGGAAUUCCAUCCAGGGGUGGAUUAAGGUGGCGAGCUGUUACACUGUCAUAGAGAAACGACAUGAGAGGCGUGUUUUUCUCAACUGCGUUUAACUACACAGUAAAUGUGAACAUUUUUAUGUUUGUCCUAAAUUAAUUGUACAGUCAGCGACCCGUCUCGUGAAGUGUUAACCUCAAUUCAGUUAGGCAUGCAUUAUUGUUGAGUGACUCAAACACAUGGAAUUUCAGAAACGCAAGGGUGCUGGCUUCAGCAGACCCUGGCAAAUCCAUCUUCAAGAUACACCAGCACCUUUCUCACUAUGACAUAUCUGACGUGUUUGAUUCAACCACGACGUGUUAAAAUCAUGGAUUAGAGGACUGCCAGCCGACUAAGUAACCCAGUUUUCGGGCCCCGUCCGGUGCGUUUGUGCCCUCCAAACGGACCACGUGGUAAAUGCGAUGGACCGGCACGAGGGUCAUAUUGGAUUCUGGCAGGCGUUAUCGGAUCUCCGCACUAUAACAACUGCCAACAUUUGGGGGUGCGGUGGCAGACCUAGUUGCUGACGGUGGUCGUGCAGAUUGGGACACUUGCCGCUCCCAUUUUGGUGGGGGUAAAAAUCCUGGUCAUUUGUCAUGUAGAACGCCAAGGUGCGGGCUAGAUCAUGCGCCCUGUCCCGCUUCCGGUCUUCUUGACUCUGUCUUGAUACCGGGUCUAGGUGCGGGGUAGGUAAGAGAGAGUGCGGCAGAUGCUGCGCAAGUCUAAAGUCACUAAAAACUAAUUUUCGCGCAAGUCACUGUGCCUGCUGGACCUUGUUGUGUGGCACAUGGCGCACGUCGUCGAACUCUAUGGUUGAACUGUCGUGUGUUAUGCACUAACCGUCACCCAACACUGCCUACAACGCACCCCAUAUCAACGUGAAUGGAGUCCAACUGCAAGAUGCCGUCAACUUCACUUACCUGGGAAGGGCGGGAAUCGACGACGAAGUGACCCGUCGGAUCUCCAAGGCCAGUCAAGCCUUCAGCCGCUUGCAAAACACAGUCUGCAGUCGCCACGGUCUCCACCUCGGCAGUCAUUCUGCCACAGUUACUGCAUGGAGCGAAGACCUGGAUGGUGUACAAAAAGCAGGUGCAAGGACUCAACCACUUCCACCUCAGCUGUCUUCGACGGAUGGCGAGACUAAGAUUGCACGACCGGAUCCCGGACACGGACGAGAAUCCUCAGCAUCUACGCCAUGCUGAGACAGCUGCAACUGCGUUGGAGCGGCCACCUCGUGCAAAUAGACGACAAGUGGCAAACCAAACGACUCUCCUACGGAGAUGUUGCCAAUGGGUUUCCGCCGACAAGGAGGCAAAUUCCGGCGCUAUUAAGACACCUUGAAGACUUUCCUGAAACAUUUGUAAGCCAACCGGGCAAACUGGAAAGACCUCGCCCAAGAGAGACUGACCAGGCAAAGGGCAGUAAAGACAGGCGCAACAAUCUACGAAGCAAACCGCACCACUGACACCAAAGCCAAACGUGAUGCUCGCAGGUCUCAACUGCGAACUCAACCGCUCCCGGUUUGCCCACGCUCACAACGGUUGUUCCGAUCAUCAGUCGGUCUUGUAGGACAUCGUCGAACCAACUACAAUACCCAGACGACACCAUCCGAUGUCUCCCCGUCCAUCUCUGCCUUGUCCCCCACGUCGACAGUCAAAACUGACCGUACUCCCGAAAUCCCACUACCAUCCCCCUCCUCAAUCACCUCAACAUCCGCUGCGGCGCCCCCUGUACUCACCACCGCUAUACAAAAUCAAGACACGCCGAUAAACAUCAACCUCAUCACCACAAACACCAGUGAUGUGCACUCGGUUCACAUCUCUCCUCAUUGCGACCGCAUCCUUACCUCACUCAUCGGCCUGGUCGGUCACUUGAGAACCCGUCGCACAGAGACUGACGAACCAGUGCCUGGAGCACCAACCUACACUCGCCGCUUCCGCUUCCACUGUCCACAGUGCACUCGCAUUUUCGCGCAUCGCAUGGGCCUGUUCAGCCACAUGUGCAUCCACGAGAGCGGAAUUGACCGCAGUCUCGACACACCCACAACAUCCAACACCCCCUCAACGCACAGCCCUACCCCCAUUCCGUCGCCGUGUGCGCCCAUCGCCACCACCACCUCCAUAACCGACACUGACACCACCGACCUCUCAUGCCCACAUUGUCGCCGCACAUUCACCUUACGCAUCGGCCUGAUCGGCCACUUGCGAAUCCAUCGCAAAGAGACUGCCGAACCAGUGUCUAGAGUCCCAACCUACAUCCAACGCACCUACCUCCACUUUCCAAACUGCCCUCGCACUUCCACGCAUCGCAUGGAUCUAUUCGGCCACAUGCGCAUUUACGAAAUCCUGCGAUAG